UGGACCUGCUUCCUGACCUUUUUCAUCCCUGCUCCCAUUGCUACUCUGUGAGCUGACCAACCUCUCUCCUAAAAAUCCCUCAGCGCCCAAGAUAGCGAGGGCAUGGUGUUUGGGACUAUUUUCAUCUCUUGAUUCCUGGCAGCUAUAGAACGUAGAAAAUGGAUCCACAGAGGAGAGGGGCAGGAAUGGUCAGGCCAUGGGGGUAAAAAUCUUGGCAAAAUCAGAUUGGAUCUGAUUUUAAAGAACUUUCUUUUGGCUUUGCUCAUCCACAGGAGCUAGACGAUGGCUCUGCAGGUCUGCUAGGCAGACCCUGGGGAAUCUGAGAGGUGAAAGUCUCGUCUUGCCCUGCUCCUGUGAUUGUGUCCCCAGAAUGUGAGGGACUUGUCUAUCUUCCCUCCAGACGCCACAGAUAUUAGAACUAUAGAGAAGAGGUGUGGUGUCUUAGUUCUUAAUUUUUUUUCUGUACCUGUCAUAACAUACUCUGACAAAAGUAACUUAAGGGAGAAAGGGUUUAUUUCAGCUCACAGUUCAAGGUACAGUCUGCUCUUCAUGGCUCGGGAAAGCGAAGGCAAGGGCUGCUUACUCUUUUCUCAAACCCUGACGCCACCCUUGAGAAUGACAGUUCAAAUUCCGUAUGAGGAACCGUUCGGAGCCCGGGACAUGUCGCGAUUGAGGAGAUACGAAGUGGCGCUGGAAGCGGAGGAGGAGAUCUACUGGGGCUGCUUCUACUUUUUUCCUUGGCUGCGAAUGUGGCGCAGGGAGCGGAGAGACUAAGUCUGGAAACCCCCAGGCUCCCACUGACAAGCUGGCAACCGUGGAUCAAGACUAAGAAGAAGCAGGAAGGUAAGAUUUGGGAGAGGGGCUUUAUCAUCUUCUGCUAGUUUUGUGUGUUUGUUUGUUGAGACAGGGUCUCACUAUUGUAGCCCAGGCUAGCCUGGAACUCACUGUGUAGACCAGGCUAGCCUCAGACUCUCAGAGAUUGAUGUGCUUCUGCCUCCCAAGUGCUGGAAAUAAAGACACAAGCCUCGAUACGCUACCCCAUUUCACUGUUUUAACAUCAGCAAUCCUGUAUCAAAAAGCUUUUCUUUCUCCUCAUCCACCUCAUGUUCCCUCCUCCUCUUUAUGGUGGAAAUCCCCCCCUUAGCCAAGAAGAGUCUGCUUUGGGUACCCAGUCCCAUCAGAUUCUCCUGAUAAAAUAGGCAGGCCAGGGCAGGGAGCAGGGAGGAGAAGAUGAAGGCAGAUUAGAGCUGGCCUGCCUUCUGUUCCUACCCACUCAUAAACUCUUGUGCAGAUAUGUAUGCUGUAGUAUGAUAGACAGUACAGAGGGAUGGCUGUGGAAAUGCAAAUGUACUGCAGGGGGACUUUUGGGUAUAACUGGAACUGUAUGAUUUUGUCUAUGAUUAUACAGUCAUGGGUAUGACUUCAUGAGGUUAUGUGACCAACGUAUGACUUAUGAAUGUGUGGUUAUGAGUAUGAGUGUAAAUGCCUAUUAGCAGAUGCCCCGGUGGAUCGGGGCUGCCCUGAGCUGCUGUAAUAUCAGCCCCAACAUUAUUCACUACCUCUCUUCAGGGUUCUCUGUUCAGGGCUUAAGAGCCCAUGGGAAAGGGCAGUCCUGGAAAGGGGAAGGGAUGGGGUCAGUGGUAACAGGCCAAGAGUUAGAGCUCAGCAUCACAAGAUAAGCAAGGUAUUUGCCACCUGUGUCUGACUCACCUAGUGCCCACGGCAAAAUGCAGCUAGAUAAAAGGUAGGCAGAGGAGGAGAAAGAAGAGUCUAGGCGGAGCGGCAUGGAGGGGCACUCACUCUCCAGCAGCCUCCUGUUGAUAUCAUUGCUCCUGAGCCCAGACCCUGGAGCAGCCUUGCCACUGCCCUCCAGCACUACCUGUUGUACUCAGCUCUAUAGAAAACCACUCCCAAACAAGCUCCUGAGGAAGAUCAUCCACGUGGACCUGCAGGAGGCAGAUGGGGACUGUCACCUUCAGGCUAUUGUGCUGCACCUGGCUCGGCGCAGUGUUUGCGUUCAUCCUCAAAACCACAGCCUGGCUCGGUGGUUUGAGCGCCACGGGAAAAGGCUCCAGGAGACUAUAUCCAACUUAAAUCUGGAACUACAAAUGAAAAUGUACUCGAGCCCCCAACAGCAAAACUAAUAAAACCACACUAGACACUAA